CUCGUUAUCACAAAGCCAAAGAAUUAACCCAGGACCAAAAAUGGCCAAUUGAGUAAGUGAUUACCAACGCCGCUUCGCUCUUGUGAAACUCCGGACCAGAUAUCUUGCGCUCCAAGGUUGGGUGAGGUAGGUGGUGGGAUCUGAUAUGCAAGUCCUUAUUACCAUACCGUAACUUUACGCGCUUUGCCUGCCCUUGCCCCCCUCGAAUCACUUCCUCGGAUGUUGGGAAUGGGAGUGUCCUGGCCUGGGUCAUCAUCAUGACUCCUAUUUUCCCGUCUUCUCUAUUAAAUGCUUUCAAAGCUACACCGACUAUACCAGCUUUCGAACACGGCUCACGAGUGGUCACACGAGGUCAGGUCCUAGACCUUGUUUCUCGAUAUGUUGGGGGACUAUCUGCCAUCGAUUCCAGCUUAGGACCCGGCGACAGUAUCGCGAUAUACACCGGCGUUACGCCUGAGGGCUUCGCAGUUCAAGUGGCAGCACAUGUUCUAGGCCUCCGGGUUGUUAGCUUGAAGCCUGGUAUAGCUACAUCAGAACUACCCACAGUCGUCGCCGAUACGAAGGUCCUUAUCAUUGAUGAAACAACUCGUGCUGAGAUCGAAUCAGCCCCGUCACUAGCGCCUUCAGUAAUCCGAGUGGAAUCUUUAUCCGGAGAUACUGCUAUUCUUACACCCCAAGGACGCCCACAUGAUGUCGCUUUGGUUUUAUAUACUAGUGGUACUACAGGCGGGCCAAAAGGGGUCGAAUACACAUAUGAAGCGAUGACUGCUUCCUGGGUAUGGCAACGUUCCGCUUGGGAUGCUAGCACAGAGUGCAUGGGCGCUAAAUAUGAACGUUUCAUGCUCUUCGGCACUCUCGCUAGUACCGUCAUGUUCGAACAUCUAGGUCUAUGCCUCACGGGCGGGGGGACGGCAGUGAUACCAAACACACCAUUGCCUCUCCUCAAGUUUCCGGAUGUACUCGCCGAACUACGAAUAUCUGCGGUACUUUUUACCGUACCGCGAUUGUACCAUGUACUUGAGGUGCUCAAAUCGAACACUUCCGACUUCGAUUUAAGUCAUCUUCGGUCUAUUGUCGUCUCGGGCUCGACGGUACCGCCACAAAAGCUAAGGGGUGCGAUAGAACGCCUUGGUGAUAUCGUGCAUAACGGUUAUGGCAUGUCGGAAACAGGUCUGGUGUGCUUACUCUCUUCCGCAGACGUCGCAGCAUACCCCGAAGCCGCCAGUUCCGUUGGACGUCCUUGGACGGGUGUUGAAAUUCAAGUACGCGAUGAUAAUGGGGUUAAAGUUCCCCUCGGCACGGUCGGACAUGUGUGGGUAUGGUGCCCCAGCGCAUUUAGGAGUUAUACAAAUGAAGACUCGUCUGCUGUGUUGGAUGUGGAGGGCUGGAUAUGGACGCGAGACUUAGGUUCACUUGAUGAAAUGGGCUUCGUAUAUCUAACUGGACGAGCGCGGGAUAUUGUUAUCAUCAAUGCCAAUGUGUAUCACGCAGGUGCGAUUGAAAAUGCACUUACGGAGCACCCGGAUGUGGAUUCGGCGUACGUUGUGAGCGUACCGGAUGACAAAAUAGGCGAAGCCGCAGUAGCUUUCCUUUCGAUAACUUUGAAAGGUAGAGCACCGAACCUUGAUGCGCUGAGGGAAUUAGUAAGGAACAAAGUGAGCCCGGCUGCAGUGCCGAUAAGUUUCACGACUGUUGAUUCUGUGCCAAUCGCGCCCAGUGGCAAGCCAGACAAGCAGGCAUUACUAAAGUUGUAUAAUACAAGAGAGAGUUAAAUUCCCAGCAAAAUAAAAUAAAAAUCAAAGAUCAAAACAAA